AUGGCAGACGGUACAGACAUACAGGAGUUGGAGAAAUUAAGUCCAUCGACAGUCAAUCUUAACAAACAAGCAAAAAGUGCACCAGAAACAAAGGAGUCUUCCGAAAGAUGGCGAAUGAUUUUGGAACCGGCAUUGGUCGGGGCCAUGAUAGCAAUAAACUUAGGCCAGACUUCGUUGCAGAACUUCUAUUUGAGAACAGCGUGCACAGUAGAUUUAGGAAAAUCACCUGAGAUUUGCAGUAAAGGUGUAGGAGAAGAAUUUAGGGCUGCUGAGGUGGCGAGUCAAGUUGUGGUCUCAAGUGUAAAUGUUAGUAGAAGCUUCGUUGGAUCUCUUCUCUCCACUAUCGUAUUAUUAUUCGUCGGGCCAUGGAGCGAUUGCAGUGGCCGAAGAAAACCUCUCCUCAUCAUGCCUCUUGUAGGAAUGUGUGUCAUGACUACUGGGCUAUUACUUAUGUUAACGUUCCCUGGUGCGUCCACAGUUCAAGUGCUUUAUGCAGUACAAAUACCAAUGUCUUUGGGAGGGAAUUUUGGACUAUUAUUAGCAGCAGCGUUUAGUCAUAUAGGUGAUGUCUGUCACUCGUCAGGGCGUGACGUUACACGCACAAUGGGCACACAUCGUGCUGCGGUGCAGAUUGCACACGUACUGGGUUCUAUUGGAGGGCCAUUACUAUAUCGAAAGCUUGGCUUCUAUGGAGUAUUCCCGCUUGUACUUAUUUUACAGGUGGCAUCCCUAAUCUACGUGCUUAUAGUAAUAAAAGACGUAAACGUUAACACAGAAAACAAAGUGUCCGUGUUUAAUUGGAGGUUGCCGUUUAACGCCAUACAGUGCCUUGUGCGGAAACGGGACGGCAACAAACGAAUGAUCAUCCUUCUCAUGCUAAUUGUGGCUCUGGGGGACAGGAUGCUACUUUCUGCUGAGGUGCUUCUUGCAUACAUGUACUACAGAUACAAGUUUCAUUGGGACGAUAUACUCUUUGGAUCUUUCUUGGCAUAUAGAAAUGUGGUUAGUUUUGCUGGUACAUUACUAAUACUGACAGUACUAAAACGCCGCUUGCGAUUUUCCGACGAAAUGGUCGGUGUCGUCAGCUGUAUUUCCUACGUUGUCGCGACAUCUGGACUGUUUGCUGCCAAAUCAACCGUUGUUGUGUUUAUGCUUCCAAUAAUAGGAAUCAUAGCACAAGGAUCCCAAGUUGUCCAGAGACCGAUAAUAAACAAGCAAAUUCAACCGAACGAACAAGGUAAAAUUUACAGCGUUUUAGGAGCACUGGAGAGCGCUACACAAACGAUCUCUUCGCCACUCUACUCUCUACUCUAUUCACAUACAGUCUCCGUUCUCCCGGACGCUUGGCUCUUACCAGGGAUCUCUUUAGCUGUUAUACAACUCUGCGCCUACCUCUGCAGUCGGCAGUUACGCCUAAGACGAGAGACACACAAACAUACAGAUAAUUUAGAAGACAAUGAAAGGAACAGAAAGGAUCCCGAUGCGAUAUCAAAUGAACAUACCAAAGAUUUAGAUCCAACUUCCAAAUAG